AGACUUUUAACACUAAUUUCAAGUAAAACCAUACUAAAAAUAUUAAACCUUGCAUCGGAUUGUAACUUAGACGGAUUUAUCAACAUUGAAUGACCUAAUAGCAUGGAUUUCACAAAAGCAGUUAUAAUAAUAUUUCUCUCACAACUUCUGGCAACGAUAGUUCAUGCACAAGAUAUUUUCAUACAACCUCGGGGAUCAGGAUUUAUUGAAAGCAUUUAUCUUCAACAAGGACUGAAAUAUGAGUUUUCGUUUCCCGGUUUACCGAACCCCAAUGCGAUCAUAGUAUUUGACGUUUUCAAGAUGGAAGGAAUACGCAACAGGGACUUUAUGAUUUACAAGGAUGUAAUUGGACAACAAGAGACGCCAUUUUGUAUGGUUUAUCAUAAGAAAGAAGAAACAGAAGGAGGACCUUGCUAUGACUUAUGGAGGACAAAAUAUGGAAGAUGCACCCUGAAUUCAGUUACUGAUGAAAACUGUACUGUGGCAUUCAAUCAUAGAGGCCAGGAAUUUGAAAUGGAAUACAAAAUAAUAGACUGCAAAACUGGAAGCGCAUUCAACUACACAGGUUACUCGAAACCAACAAGAACGCUGGAUAAAACGACAGAUUCCACCAAAACAGCUUCGUCUGGACUUCCAGAAAACUUCUUACUGGCCACAGUUAUACCGGCAGCACUUGUAGCAAUAGCCUUCGUCGCCAUCGUCAUCGCUGCUGCAUGCUUCUGUAAAAAAAAAUCUUCGCCUCCUCCUAUUCCUACCCUACCGGCAAUAGAAGAAGAUCCGCCCAUAUAUGAGGAAAUUCCAGCCAACUACGAACAUAUGAUGAUACCAAUGGAAAACGCGUAUAAUCAUUUGGAUGGUGAUUCUGAAAUAAAGCCCGAAUCAAGGGUACAGUACACAGCGAAUGCAGGACAGGAUAAGGAUGGAUAUGAAACCCCAGUAAUGAGAUUACUUCCCCCGAGAGAUGGGCGGAGUCAUUUUUGAUUGAUUGAUGGAUUUGUAAUAUUAACAAAUGGGAGGCGUGGCCCGGUGAGAAAAGCAUCGAAUGGAUGUUUCUCCGAGCAUCGAUUUACUUGUUCAUUUCCGCGACAGCGCCGAAUCAGCGAUGAGUCAAAAAGACGUAACAAUGAAAAUCAAUGAAGCCACCCAGACACUUCUUUCGCACAGACAGACAUUCCAGAAUAGUUAUAAAUAUUGCCUCGUUUUUUCGUGUUAUUUGUCAGUUUCCGGCUGUGUGGUGCCAAAUGUGGUAUAAAUCAUCAAACUAAGCAACAAACUCACACGUACAGCUAGCCCCCUUCAACGCGGUGCCCGAGACGGCUGCCCUUAUGACUUGGAUCUCCAUCCAAUACUGCCUAUCCCCGUAUCAUUUUACCGUGUGGGAAAGCUUUGAGUUUGAAUCGAGUCUCAAGUAACUUGGUCGGCUCAUUUAAAGGGAAUGUUAUAAUAUUUAGUGAGAAUUAACUCAGAGAUUGACUUUGGAUUCAAAACUUUAUUUGCGUCUCGGGGUUGUGGGUUUCCAUCUAUUGCCAUUGUAUCCAAUAUACAAAUCCCCCAAUCAUUAUAUAGUGUUGGGCAGAAGGGUGGGGGGGGGGG